UUGUGUUGAAGAGCACCAACAAUUUAACUUAUCAACAUUUAACCAUAACCGUUUCGCUGCGUGCUCAUCUCUACGCUUGUGCGCUCAUCUCAAGUGCGUUGUUGUUGUUGUUCUUCUUUCAUAUUAUUGAAAUUGUUUUUAUGCGAUUAAAUAACCAAAAUAUACAACAAACAAGUGUUUUCGUUAAACAAAAACACAAAAAAAAUCGGUUCUUUCUCUAUAAGAAGGUCGCUGUGCGUUUGCGGUGAUAAAACCCAAAUUGAGCCGACUAGUCAAUUGAUUAGCACGACGUCGAGGCAUUAAGUGAGUGCGUGAGAGAGUGAGUGAGUGAGUCAAUAAUAGUGUAAGAGCGUCUCUACCAGUGCGUUAGUGACUACAUUAAGCAUGAGCCGACUAGUGAGCAAGUGCGUUUAGCCAGCUAGUAGUUAGUAUACACUACAUACUAGCUGUUUAAAAAAUCCAACUGCAGACAGACAGACAGAUGAACAGAAAGCGCCGCACACCAAGUGGGCAAAAGCUGAAGCAGAUUGUGACUUGCGAAAAGAAAUGUAAAAGCAGCGCUGAAAGGCAUGGCAAACGUCAAAUAAAAAGCUAAAUAAAGAACUGCAAUAAUAGCGUGAACGUGUGUGGAUGGACUCGUACAUACAAACAUACGGUGUUUUUUCACACUCUCCACGCUCGUCGUCUGCUCUUCACCUUAGACAAUUUGCAAACUUAUACAAUUAUUUACAAAGCAACCCACUAACAACGUUGUAAAAAUCUGCGCUUUUGUCUUCUACUUUGUCAACGCUAGUGUCUCAGUUGUUUGUCUAGACUGCCUAGUGUUGCUGUCACUGCCGCCAACGGACGGACCUAUUGGCGCUCUCACCGUGCUUGGCGCAGCGCUAUUGGAUUAGUCGUGCUUUCGUCUCUUCGGCAGGUACAGUAAAAAAAACAGCAGUUGUUGUGCCGCAGCAGAAAACAGAGAAUUGCAAAUAAUAAAUAAUAAUUAUAAAAAUAAAAAUAAGUGAACAAAUUAAGUAAUUUAUGAGCGGAAUCGUCGAAAAAAUGGCGUUUUGUUGAUUUGUCUUUGUUGUUAAAAACGUGUUAAAAUGAAGGACCCAAAGAAACUUGUGCAAGCAGAUAAAAUAGAAGUAAAUAAUAAAAUGGAGAAUUUGGAAGGUGACUCAAAUGACAGAGAUGCCGAGGGACACAUGAUGCAUGGCAUUGAGCCGGCACUCUCGGCGCUCAGCAGCGCUUCCGCACACAGUCCAGGCGGCAGUCAAGCGCUGAGCCCCGCACUCAGCCUCAAUGGCGGCAAUAGCAAUAGCAAUGGCAAUUUAUCGACUAGUGGCAAUAAUACUGUAAGCAUUAACAACAACAACUCAUAUGCGCAAAAUAACAACGCACAAACCUCAACGGUUUGUGCAAUAUGUGGCGAUCGCGCCACCGGCAAACAUUACGGUGCUUCCAGUUGUGAUGGCUGUAAAGGGUUCUUUCGGCGCAGCGUGCGCAAGAAUCAUCAAUAUACCUGCAGAUUCUCACGCAAUUGCGUUGUGGACAAAGACAAACGCAAUCAGUGUCGCUAUUGUCGUUUACGUAAGUGCUUUAAAGCGGGCAUGAAGAAGGAGGCAGUGCAAAAUGAACGCGAUCGCAUUAGUUGUCGUCGCACGUCCAACGAAGAUCCUGAUCCGGGUAAUGGUUUGUCCGUCAUCUCGCUGGUUAAGGCAGAGAUCGAGAGUCGUCAGUCGAAGGCGGGUGCCGCCAUGGAGACCAAUCCCAAUGAAGAUCUAUCCAAUAAACAAUUCGCCAGCAUUAACGAUGUGUGCGAGUCGAUGAAACAGCAGUUAUUGACGCUGGUCGAGUGGGCCAAACACAUACCGGCCUUCAAUGAUCUACAGCUGGACGAUCAGGUGGCGCUACUACGCGCACAUGCGGGCGAACAUCUGUUGUUAGGGCUUUCGCGACGCUCCAUGCAUCUGAAAGAUGUGCUGCUGUUGGGCAACAACUGUGUCAUCACAAAGCAUUGUCCAGAUGCGCGUCUCUCGCCGAACUUGGAUAUUUCGCGCAUUGGCGCUAGAAUCAUAGAUGAGCUGGUGUUUGCGCUGCGCGAUGUGAAUAUAGACGAUACCGAAUUGGCAUGCAUUAAAGCACUGGUGUUUUUCGAUCCGAACGCCAAAGAUCUCAAGGAGCCACAGCGCGUCAAGACGUUGCGUCAUCAAAUCCUUAACAAUCUUGAAGAUUACGUGUCGGACCGACAAUACGAGUCACGCGGCCGUUUUGGCGAAAUACUCUUAAUACUGCCUGUACUGCAGUCCAUCACAUGGCAGAUGAUUGAACAAAUACAGUUUGCGAAAAUUUUCGGUGUCGCACACAUUGACUCGCUGCUGCAGGAAAUGCUACUCGGAGGUAUGUCUAGAUCACUCUUCCACGCACCGCACUAUUUCCACACUAUGCGUAAUUAUCUAAUGUACUCCACCUUUGAAGGUGAACUGGCCGACAAUUCGCCACUCUCGCCGCCCGGCAUAAAUAGUUACAGUCCCACACGCACUAUGGAUGGCAAUCAUGUGACGUCCACACUGGAUGUGCUCACCUCAAGCGCCAAUGCGGAUCAUUUGAGCGCUUGCAUGGACAGCAAUAGUUUGGAUGCACAAAUGAUGUCGCCACUACUUGAGAAUAUCUCAUCACCGCCCCCACAAUACAAUCAAAUGCGUUCAUAUCAGUCGUCACAGCGUACACCGCAACAGCAGCAACAACAACAAACAGUUAAUAAUAACACAAUAACAACACUACACACACGUUCCAUACAUUCACCACACCUACACGACACCGAUUCCAACAAUGUAGACAUGGUUAACGGUGCGGCUGCUGCCAACAGAUGCAUGGAUGAUAGCAGCAUGUAUACAAAUACAAAUGCCGUUAUGCGUCCACUAUCAACCAGCAGCAGCGCACACAAUAUGCCACAUAUGCCAUCAACGAAUAUGCAACAUCCACAUGCUGCAUCAUCACCUAGUCAAGCGAUGCAAACGGCUGCUUUGAUGCAACAACACUCACCGCCGCUGCAUCGCAAUCAUCCCUACCAAAGACCGCAAGAGCAGUUGAAUGCCGCACAACAUAAUAACGGUGCUGUGGCGCAACAGUUACGCAAUCCGGCGGAGAUGACACUGAACGAAUACAAUAGCGGCAGCGCGGAGGAGAUGUUGCGACGCGCGCCACUCAAAAUACGUGGACCGGAUGCAUUGAGCAGCGGCGCCGGUGGUGCGGGUGCUUAUAUGAUGGGUGGUGGCGGUGGUGUUGGUGGUGGACUGCAUGAUGGCGAGAAUGCGUAUCGCAUAACAUUGAAGCAGGAACCGGAAACGGGUUAUUGAAAAGCGUAAAGCGAUAGCUCUCUAUAUAAAAAUUAUGGCUGCAAACAACAACAAUAAG